CUACACGGGAGAGUGGCAAUAAGAUCAACAUUUUUGAAGAGAAAUAGAAGAACUAAGGCAAGAAAGCGGAACAAAAUAAUAUUAGGGCCAGCAAACCUGUAGUUUGGAAACAAGAAAUGGAAAGCACUGGAUCCUCAGGGCGCCUCUGGGAGUUGCAGUUUGAGCUCAGUUCCGUGCCGGGAGGUGCCUUUGCCUCUCUCACCGACUCUGCCCCUAGCAGCGCGGAACUACAAGUUCCAGGGUCCCUCGCGGCCACCGUAGUCAAGUGGCCGGUGGAAUUGGCCCAGGAUGACAGCUGGAGAAUGGAGUCAGUUUUAUCCAAGUAUGAAAACCAGAUUACUAUUUUCACUGACUACCUAGAAGAAUUUCCAGAUACCGAUGAGCUGGUAUGGAUCUUGGGGAAACAGCAUCUCCUUAAAACAGAAAAAUCUAAGCUGUUGUCUGAUAUAAGUGCUCGUCUGUGGUUUACAUACAGAAGGAAAUUUUCACCAAUUGGGGGAACGGGCCCUUCAUCAGAUACCGGCUGGGGAUGUAUGCUGCGCUGUGGACAGAUGAUGCUGGCUCAAGCCCUUAUCUGCAGACACUUGGGAAGGGACUGGAACUGGGAGAAACAAAAAGAACAACCCAAAGAAUACCAGCGGAUCCUGCAGUGCUUCUUAGAUAGAAAAGACUGUUGCUACUCUAUCCAUCAAAUGGCACAAAUGGGUGUAGGAGAAGGGAAAUCAAUUGGUGAAUGGUUUGGACCAAAUACAGUUGCACAGGUGUUAAAAAAACUUGCUUUAUUUGAUGAAUGGAAUUCCCUGGCUGUUUAUGUUUCAAUGGAUAACACAGUGGUCAUUGAAGAUAUCAAGAAAAUGUGCUGCGUCCUUCCCGUGGGUGCUGACAUAGGUGAUGAGAGCCCUCCCGACUCUCUGAAUGCUUCGAACCAGAGUAAGGGCACCUCUGCCUGCUGCCCAGCCUGGAAACCCCUGCUGCUUAUUGUGCCCCUUCGCCUGGGCAUAAACCAAAUCAAUCCUGUCUAUGUUGAUGCAUUCAAAGAGUGUUUUAAGAUGCCACAGUCUUUAGGGGCAUUAGGAGGAAAACCAAAUAACGCCUAUUAUUUCAUAGGAUUCUUAGGUGAUGAGCUCAUUUUCCUGGACCCUCACACAACCCAGUCCUUCGUUGACACUGAAGAGAAUGGAACAGUUGAUGACCAGACUUUCCAUUGUCUGCAGGCCCCACAGCGAAUGAACAUUCUGAACUUGGAUCCUUCCGUAGCAUUGGGAUUUUUCUGCAAAGAAGAAAAAGACUUUGAUAGCUGGUGUAGCCUUGUUCAAAAGGAAAUUCUAAAGGAAAACUUAAGGAUGUUUGAAUUAGUUCAGAAACAUCCAUCUCACUGGCCUCCCUUUGUACCUCCAGCCAAGCCAGAGGUGACAACCACUGGGGCAGAAUUCAUUGACUCUACUGAACAACUAGAGGAGUUUGACCUGGAGGAAGAUUUUGAGAUUCUGAGCAUAUAGAAUAAUUGGAACUCAACCUGGGGGUCUGUCUUCCAUCUGACACCAGAAGAACAUGAACUCAUUACAUAAAACUUUUCUAGUCAGCAAGUGCCUGAUAUGCCAACAGCAUACAAACUUGAUAGCAAUCAAUCAUGACUGAGCCAAUCACCGUUUCUCAGAAAAAACAAUAACAAUUCUUCCCCAGAAAAAACUAGAACAAUCAUGGAAUCUAGGAGCAGAAAGCUUAGGAGCUAUCCCUUGCUUCCCAGCUUGUCUUACACGGCCACGGUGAGUUGUGCCACUACUGAAAUGAGGAGGUGGACAUCUGGAAGACAGACUGCAACUCCCACCUUGCUCCUAGCACUGGCAGAUGACAGAUGGUUACCUGUGCUUCCUCACCGUUUCAGGCGUGACCUCUUUGGGGCUAAAUACUAAGAAGCAGUCUGUUCUCUUGCUCUAAUAAUAAAGUGAUUACAUCAG